AUGGGCAAUAUAGUAGAAUAUCCUGCGCAGAAUGGAUUCCAAUCAAGUUUGACGAUGGAUAAACGAAAACCUUUUCGCAAAAGUCGUCGCGUUGAGGACAGCCUCGAUGCAAAAGUGAGAAUUAGGAGAGUUUUGGAAAAUAUCGAGCGGAAGAAAUAUGAAAAGAAAAAGUUGCACGAAGGGGAAGGCGAAAGCGAGACUACUAAAGCAAACAAAUCUUUUGAACGGCAGUCGUCGUCUGAGCAACCUAGUGAAAAUGGGGAAAGUGAGCAUUCAUUGGCUGGAUCCAGUAGGACUGACGAUGUUCGGGUCGAGACAGAAUCCGAGUAUCAGAGUUCACGAUCAGAAACACCUAUGAGCACCCGAUCUUCUGGUGUCGAAAAGCUUACCGAGCUUUUGAGUAGGAUGAAUACCAUCAGCCAGCAUCCGACACCGCGUAGCAUAUAUCAGAGGUUCAAAGAUGAGCUUCGAGAGAAGUCAGAGAAGGAAUUUGCGUUGAGAGAGGAGAUAAGGAUACGAAGCCUUGCUGGACUGUACAGAAGAGAGGUCGCUGAGGAAGAAAUUCGGAAAAACCUCGAAAUCAUUGGCAUUAGAGUUCCUGCUAGGAAGCCGAAGGUCAAGGACGAGUUCCCUCGUGAGUUUUUUGCUUGUGCAAUGUUGAAGAAUCAUUGA